GCGAAUCGUAACUCUAACCUUUCAGUCAUACCGCAAGACGGACGCCAACAACGAGAACAGAGCGAAAGAUGGUCCGUAUCAUGGAGUACAUAAUCUUUGGCGCCUUGAUGGCCUGCAACCUCUCGCUGGGCUUGUACUUUUCUUUCCGGAAGACAUGCACCGGAGUCGGAACAAGCGCGACGACUGCUGAAGUGUUUCUCGGAAGUCGAUUGCUGAAAACUAUUCCCCUGGCGGCUUCGUCCGUGGCGUCGCUCGUGUCUUCCACGGCGCUGGUGGGCUUUCCGGCACACUACUACGCCUACGGCUGGCACACGUCCUGGUGCUACGUUAUGCCGCUGGUGUUCGUACCUUUGUCCACCCAGGUCUUCGUGCCUGUGCUGUACCGGCUGCGAAUCACGUCGAUUUUUGAGUACAUUCAUCUACGUUUCAACACCACCAUUUCUUUGACGGCAUGUGCGAUCUACAUAUUUUUCACGCAAAGUGUCGCGGCCAUCUCAAUCUUCGCUGCGUCGAUAACGCUUGUUACAGUUUUCCAGACGCCGCUUUUGUGGUGCAACGUAUUUAUCGGACUAUCGGGAACGCUUUACACAGUCCUCGGAGGACUUAGAGGAGUGGUGUGGACAGACUGCAUGCAGUUUAUGAUUACAUUGCUUGCCCCGAUGGCAGUGGUAUCGAAGAUCUUCAUCGAUGCUUCUGCGCCAAAGUCAACAAUUCAACCAAUAACCGGGACGGACGUCGCAAGGUAUAUUGGCAAUUACACCUUUGACCUCACAAGUGACGAGACGAUUUGGUCCUGUUCCUUGGGAACCUCGGCUAUGGCAAUCUACAGGGUGUGUCUGGACCAAGUCGUCGCUCAAAGACUUCUAGCAUCUCGCACACUCAAAAAUGCCCAAAGAACCGCCCUGACAGGUGCACUCCUUUUGGUGUUGCUUUAUUUCGUCGCUCUGUUCCUUGGAGUAGCACUGACCCUCUGGUUUCGUGGAUGCGACCCUACACUACUGGGGAGAUAUCCAGCAUUGACCAAAUUAUACCAUAUUAUAUUAAUACCUACCUGAUGAACGUGCCAGGAUUUUCUGGAUUAUUUCUUGCUGGUAUCGUCAGCGCCGCCACAAGCACAGUGUCCUCGACAAUAAAUUCCCAAGCUGCUAUUCUAUACGUUGACGUCAUUGCACGUCGUUUCAAAAACGCUGAGAAACAUGUGCUGCUGAUUACACGUGGAACAGCUCUUGGUUUGGGCAUAAUAGUGACGUUAUACAGCACGCUAUGCGCGCGCAUGGGAUCUGUCACGAGGGCGUUCCUGAUGGUUUACAAUGGUAUCACGGCACCAUUUGUUGGAUUAUGCCUCCUGGCUGUUUUAUUUCCGUUUGUUCAUUCAAAGGGGGCUGGUGUGGCAACCCUUACAAUGGUUAUCUACCAACUUUGCCACAUCACUUCAAUUAUUCUAAGUGGACGAAGGCCUCCCCGAAUGGGAGUGUCACUUCACAGUUGCCCUGGGAAUCAAAGUACCACUGCCUCGGCCCUCAAUGCAACGUUUUUCGACACUCCCUCAUCCCUUGAAGAACAAUUUAUCCUAUUUCGUCUGUCUUACCUGUGGGCCAGCUUUUUCGCUAUAUUUGCGACACUUCUCAUUGGCGUUGUCGUGAGUGCCGCUACAGGACGUAAACGCUUCGGUGACCAACGAGGACCGUGACAACACCAAGCUUAUAAACAAAACCCUUGUCACACACACAACAAUGAUUUAGCCGUAGCCAAAGGACGUUUGUCGCUGUUCUCAGGCGUUAGAUCUUUCAUUUAGAAAUUUAUUUGUAGGCAAUUACUAAGCGCUGACAACAAAA